GCCCCGUCGGUCCAGAGCUGCUGUACUUCGCCACAGUGACGUUCAAAUGGAGGGACAAGAUCUAAUAAAAAACAGUGCUACAGGAUUUACGUUUACGCUUCCAACUCCUCGCUUUGCUCUGUCAGCAGCCCAAGAUGCUCUAAGUCAGGUUAACAGUACCAGUUCAGGUGAUGAAAAGGAGAAACAUACUUUCCAAGUCCCAGAGAUGCAGCGUCGGGCCAAAGUUGGUGUAGUUCGCCGCAGUGACGUUCAAAUGGAGGGAAAAAAUCUAAUAAAACCCAGUGUUGCAGGUGCGUUUACGCCUCCAACUCCUCGCUUUGCUCUGUCAGCAGCCCAAGAUGCUCUAAGUCAGGUUAACAGUACCAGUUCAGGUGAUGAAAAGGAGAAACAUACUUUCCAAGUCCCAGUGUUUUCAGCAACUUCUCUAAAGCUGGAAGCUCAGUGGAGAAAUGUGGAGUGGACACAAGAGCAAAAGGAGAACCUGAUGAAGACGGUGAGCUCCUACAGACCCAGAUGUGAGGAGGCGCCUCAAGCCCGGGUUCUCCUGCUGGGCCCGGUCGGCUCUGGGAAGUCCAGCUUCAUCAGUUCUGUCCAGUCCGUGUUCAAUGGAAGAGUCGCCAACCGCGCCAUGGUGGGGUCCUUCUCCACCAGCUUCACCAAAAAGCUACAGUCGUUCAGCAUCCACGCUCAGAGAGGAGAGGACACCAGUGGGCUGGUGCUGUGUGAUUCAGCUGGUCUUGGGGAUGGAGGGAUGACCGGUCUGACCCUUCACGACAUCUUGUCAGUCAUUAAAGGACACGUACCUGAGGGACACAAGUUUAGCCCAGAGCAGCCGGUGAGGUCAGAAACUGUGGGCUAUGUGAAGCUGCCAAACCUGAAGGACAAGAUCCAUUGUGUGGCUUUUGUUGUGGACGCCUCCAAAAUCACAAUGUACCCCAAAAGCUUGAGAACCACCUUUAAGAAGCUCCGAGAGCACAUCAGUGAUCUGGGUGUUCAUCAGGUGGCUCUGCUGACCCACAUUGACCAGAUCUGUCCAGAAAUAACCAAAGACCUCACUCAGGUUUACAAGAGGCAGAGUAUCCGCGACGUGAUGAGUAAAGCUGGAGCUCUGUUGGGCAUGUCCACCUCCUACAUCGUUCCGGUGAAGAACUACUCCUCAGAACUGGACCUGGACCUGAACACAGACGUGCUGCUGCUAAGUGCCGUCGACCACAUCCUGCAGUACACAGACCUAUUUUUCCAGGACCACAAACCGCGAAUCUCAGGGCCAAAGUUAACAUUAUAACAAUAAUAAUAAUGAUUCAUUUCGGUCUGAAUAUGUCUUUAUAAAGUCUUUUGUGAACCUUGCAUGUUGAAGUCAUGAGUUAAAGAGGAGCUGUAAGAUUUUUUUCAAUUAGUAAACCUGCAUUUUCUUGAAUGUUUUGGGGUUUUUUCCUCAAAUUUGCCAUUCGGCUUCAUACAUGAAAUGAAAUGAAAUAAA